CGGGAACGGGGCUGGGAACGGGAAGGGGAAGGGACCGCGACCGGGACCGGGCGGAGGGACAGCCCGACCGGGACCGGGACCGGGACCGGGACCGGGACCGGGCAGGACGGAGCGCACCGGUCCGACUGGCUGCCCCCCACGCUGCUGCCCCCCGAGUCCUGCAUCAUCGCCACGCUGCCCACCCUGCCCCUGCCCACCCCCACGCUCCCAGUCCUGCUGCUGUCAGAGGAGGAGAAGCGGCUGCUGGCGCAGGAGGGGGUGACGCUGCCCGGCUCCCUGCCCCUCACCAAGGCUGAGGAGCGCGUCCUGAAGAAGGUGCGGAGGAAGAUCCGGAACAAGCAGUCGGCGCAGGACAGCCGCCGGAGGAAGAAGGAAUACCUGGACGGGCUGGAGAGCAGGGUGGCCUCGUGCUCGGCGCAGAACCAGGAGCUGCACAGGAAGGUUCGGGAGCUGGAGCAGCGCAACGGGUCCUUGCUGAGCCAGCUGCAGGCGCUCCAGGCUCUCAUCAAGCAGACGUCCAACAAAGCCGCCCAGACCAGCACCUGCGUCCUGAUCCUGCUCCUCUCCCUGGUGCUCAUCCUCUUCCCCAGCUACAGCCCCUUCUGCUGGGGCCGGGGGGGCCGCCGGGACCCCCAGCAGCCCACGGGAGUGAUCUCCAGGCACAUCCUGACCCGCGCGGAGCCGCCGGCACCGCCUGGAGGAGCCCCGGCGACGUGGUGGCAGCUGGAAGAGCCGGGGGCUGCAGCAGAGAACGGUGCCAAGGGGGGGCACGAGGACAGGACGGGCCCCCCCGGCAGGGAGCCGGGCACAAACUCCUCAGGCCGGGCUCCCCCAGGGGAUCCGAGGGCUCAGCCAUGGCUGCGGGACGCAGCAGCGGCAGCAAAACAGGCACACGGGGAUGAAAUGUGACAGCCACCCGGGAGCGGCCCCGCUUUGGGGGCUGGGAGCCACCCUGGGACGGGGGGGGCAGUCGGGGGCCCCCCCACCAUGCCCCAGGCAGGGGCGCUGGGUGCACCCCACGCACAGCGCAGGGGAAGGGAGCUCUGCGCUCGCAGGCAGCUUCUGGUGAAUAAAUCCGUGCCUGCUUCGCACCCAAA